AUGCCGCGAACCACGAGAAGAUCAUUAAAAACACUACAGCAUACUGCUACGGACACGGAAAACCUAGUGGGUAGGCCAUCAAAAAGCCUGAAGCAUCAACUCACCCAAGAAACACUAGUAGAUGUUGAAGUAAAAAGAAAGAAUAUAGCAACCAAAGAGGUGCAAGUAGACAUUAAGGAAAAGGUAACAGCAGAUGAUCUGACCAACCCUGAAGGUGCUUCAGAGAAGUACUGGCAAAUUUUGGCAGAAAAAAGACAGCAAGCUUUACAAGAGGCCUUAGAUGAAAAUGAAAAGUUAAGGAAAAUAAUUGAUGAUUUGAAAGAAGAAAAUGUGCAGUACAAACAAAUGUUAGAAGAAGCUAACAGCUUUGUUGAAGUCAUAAAGGAGGAGCUUGCAAAUGGCAGUAAUAAUGAUACAGGCAUUGAUGUUAACGAUAUCAGCACAGCUGAUGAUACAGUGGAUGACUUGCAGGAAAAUAAUGAAGAGGAAGAAACAAAAGACUGA